CUCACACGCUCAACAACCGCUUCCUAUAUUCCUCUCCAUUGCACCACCUUGGCUUAUCUUCCAUUCCUUCUCCCAUGGGAAACUUUGUUUCCUGCCGGACGGUGGAUGCUGGUGGCGGGAAGGUCGUGCUCUUCGAUGGCACGAUCCAUGAGUUCGACCGGCCGAUCUCGGUGGCCGAGCUCAUGCUCGAGCAUCCGAGGCUGUUUGUGGUCGACAUGCAAUCGAUCUCCGCCGGCGAGACCAAGGUGACUCCGUUGCCCGCCGACCACACGAUGGACCCCGACAAGUGCUACCUGAUGCUCCCCAUGACAAGCAAGAAGGUAUCGGCCGAGGAGGCUCGAAGAAUCCUGUCGCUGGCUCGGUCGGUGCUGCGGUCGCGGUCUUUGCCGUUUUGGGCGAAGAAUCUUAGCCUGGUCCCUGGCAUUUGCAUGGCAGGUGUGGAUGAGAAAGAAAAGGAGGUGCUGGGAGGGAGAAAAGAUGAUGGCUUGAUGGAGAGAGAGGAGAUGGGAGGGGCCGAAUGGUCGCUGGAGGUCUUCGGGGCCGAGCGGGAGUUCCUUAGAAGGCAGUUUUCAAGCAAGGGGUGGAAGCCGAGUCUAUGCACCAUUGAGGAGAAGGCGUUGGAGAGGAAGGUGUCUCACUGGCUGUUCUGAGGAGAGGGAGGAGUUGACCCGUUAUAGUUGUGGAGUCGGAUGAAGGUUUUUCCUUCCCAGGUGUCAGUGGAUCAGGGUUAUGUAUGCGCAAUGAAGAAAUGUAACCGGCUUUAGAGUAGUCUCAGGGAUGUAUAUUUGGCUAGAGAGAGAAAUGGUUCUUGCCUAUUCUCUCUCUUUUAAUGCUCAUAUCAUGACCUAAGUUAUAAAUAUUAGGAGUCAAAAAUUUGCGGCCAGCCUAAAUAUUAGCUGGUAAAUUUCUAUGCAGGUUCUAUAUCACCAUUAACAAAAUACAUAUAUAUUAGUAAAUUGUAGUAACAAUAAUAAACACUAUGCAGGUGAUGUACCUGUUAACA